GACACGGCCAGAGCACUGAGAGAUAUCAGGUAUUGAUGUAACUGGAGUGAAUAAGGGAACCUUCUUCCUGAGCACAGACAUUGGAGCCUGAUAUCAUCAUGCACUCAUAUGUGUUAGACAUAUUAUAUCUAACAACUGCCUAACCUCAUCCCAAGACCUGGUUCAUUACUCAGAACUCCGGCAACUCCACCUUCCCCUCCCCUGACCUCGCUCAUGGAACACCCACAACUCACCCAGUGUUCCCCACCCCAGAACCACCACUGAUUUGUGUGCUUAUUUUUACAACAAACACGUCAGUAGUUCAUCUCCAUCCUUCACUACAGCAAGCAUCAGAAUGAUACCGCAAACUCCAAUAGUCUUACACACUAAUGACUAUUCACAAACAUUGGGGAUAUCACAGCAGAUAUUUAAAGGAGAUAGUGAAUUGGCAGGAACUGGAAAGCAAUCACUAUGUACAGAGAGUAAUUUAGUCAUCAAACAAGAGGACAACAUUUAUGACUUAUCUAGUGAAAUUAUUAUCCCAGAGGAUAAACCACAUAUAUUUACUGAGUUUUCAAAACCUAUUAAAGAAGAGAAAAGUCUACAGUCUAGCCAAAUGAUUCAUACAAAGGAACAACCUUUCCAAUGUACAGAAUGUGAGAAAAGCUUUAGAUGGAAGUCUCAUCUACUAGAACAUCACAAAAUUCACACAGGUGAGAAACCACACACAUGUACUGAGUGCGGCAAAUGUUUUACACGAAUGAAUCAUCUGAAAAGUCAUAAAAAUAUUCACACAGGAGAAAAUCCUUUAACAUGUACAGAGUGUGGAAAAAGUUUUACACAAAAGAGUGAUCUGAAAAAGCAUGAAAGGAUUCACACAGGAGAAAUGCCGUUCACAUGUACAGAGUGUGGAAAAAGUUUUACACGAAUGGAUUGUCUGAAAAGUCAUGAAAAGAUUCACACAGGGGAAAAGCCUUUCACAUGUACAGAGUGUGGAAAAAGUUUUGCAGAAAAGAGUAAUCUGAAAACUCAUGAAAGGAUUCACACAGGAGAAAAGCCUUUCACAUGUACAGAGUGUGGAAAAAGUUUUACACGAAUCAAUCAUUUGAAAACUCAUGAAAGGAUUCACACAGGGGAAAAGCCUUUCACAUGUACAGAGUGUGGGAAAAGUUUUAGACAAAUGAGUAAUCUGGAAAUGCAUGAAAGGAGUCACACAGGAGAAAAGCCUUUCACAUGUACAGAGUGUGGGAAAAGUUUUACAGAAAAGAGAAAUCUGAAAAAGCAUGAAUGGAUUCACAAGGGAAGAAACCUUUCACAUGUUUAGAAAGUGGAAAAAAGGUUUUUAUUGAAAUCCGGUACCACAAAACACCAAAUAUUUACAUACAAACUUUAUAUAUACACAGUAUACAAACCUGUUUACAGUUUUCCUAAAGAGGACAAACUCUCUAAAUAGAAGCAUCAAAAAGGAUGAUAUUGUAAAUAAUACUUUCUAAUUCCCAGUUAUAAAAGCCCCAGAUUUAAAGUGCUCCUGUGCACCUCAAUUUCUCUCAUAUAAAUGUGAUAGAAUCCAAAUACCACACAGGAAUAUACAGAUCUGUCCUCAUACUGACCAGUUUACACAACCAUGCACCACCAAAGCACCCCAGUGUUGUUUAUUAAUAUGUCAGUGUUAGGAGUUGUACGUUUGAUUUACAUAGAGGAGAAAAUAAUUAAAUUUACAGAAUAAAGGAGUCUUUAUAUGAAUAGAGUGUUAGACAAUUAUAUAAACAAGAACAUCAGUCUCAAAUGAUUGACAUCUGGAAGAUAUAUUUACUAUGCACAUUAUGUGGAUAAACCUUUUCUUAUAGCAGUAGAUGCUUAGCAUUGUACAUGUUAUUUACCAGAGGAAUUACUGAGGGGAAACUGAUUUUAUUUAAUGAGACACAAUAUCAAUAACCGGUACAUACGUGAUCAUAAUCAGUUUAAUUUAAAUGGCUACUAUAACCUACAUGUAUACUGGGUAUGUAAUAUGUGUGUCAUGUUCUGUAACUUGAUAUUAUGUCUGUUAGAUGUUUUCAUGUUAGUUAGAAGCCACAAGAACUGAUAAUAGCACAUACUGUAUAUAUAAAGGGAACAUUAUAUGUCUGAUAAAUCCCUUUGUAUCAAGAGCACAAGUGUUAGGUAUAUUUAUACCAUUGUGUGCAUAUAUCAUGUAAUGCUGCUUUUUACUAUACAAUGAUAUACAAUGUUUUUUCAUGCAAAUAAAAAGUGAUUGUAAUCCA